GGUUUGCGUAGAUUAUUUGCGCGCGGUAGACGGUAGACGGUGCGUCCCUUUGCACUGUAGAAGAUUACGGAAAUGGCGAUGGCGACGAACCAAGUUAAGGGCAGUGGCUGGCCCCGGCGGGCGAGUAACAGUUCCUUCGAAGGGAAAGUCGUGCAAAAUCAAUCGGUGACCAUCAACAGGACAGUCAAUUUAUAUCCUUUGACAAACUAUACAUUUGGGACAAAAGAGCCACUGUUCGAGAAAGAUCCAUCGGUACCAGCAAGGUUUCAGCGCAUGAGAGAUGAAUUCGAUAAAAUCGGCAUGCGGAGAAGCGUAGAGGGGGUGUUACUGGUACACGAGCACGGAUUACCACACGUUCUCCUUCUACAACUCGGCACAACAUUUUUUAAAUUACCUGGCGGAGAACUCAAUACAGGAGAAGAUGAGGUAGAGGGCCUAAAACGGCUCCUUACAGAGACAUUUGGGCGGCAGGAUGGAGUGAAACAGGAAUGGGUUAUAGAAGAUACUAUUGGAAAUUGGUGGCGGCCGAACUUUGAGCCACCCCAGUAUCCGUAUGUGCCACCACACAUUACGAAACCAAAGGAGCACAAGAGAUUAUUCCUCGUCCAGUUGCAAGAAAAAGCUCUCUUUGCUGUACCGAAGAACUACAAAUUAGUCGCCGCGCCACUGUUCGAGUUGUACGAUAAUUCGCAAGGAUACGGUCCUAUAAUCUCGUCAUUACCACAAUCAUUAUGCAGGUUUAAUUUUAUCUACAUGUAAGUUUAGAGUUAAAAGAACAAAAUCGAACAUAAUUCUGCUUGACUUAAAAAUUACAAAAUCAGUAUGUACGAGAUGAUGGAUGAUAUUUGAGACAAUUCUGAUCAAUGUACAUGAUAUAUUAUGGAUUAAAUCAUUUUUUUAAGUAGUAACUUACAUCUAAUUCAUCUAUAAUUUCAUUCCAUCAACCUUGUAUCUAGAUAUCUUGUUCUUAUAUCUAAUGGUAUUGUACAAACCAUUGUAAGAUACAAUCUGCGAUGACGUGAGUAAUUUUGAAAUAUAUAAUUUGUAUAAAUAUA